CACAAUCCUGCAGUGAUAAAUGGAGCUGCAGCAGGUGAACAAGUCAAUUCCCAUAGUGACACAAGUCCAGGAGUGCUGAAGGUCUUCCCACACUGAUUAAAUCACCAAGGAGAAGGUGAAACAGCGAGCAAGGAGAGCAGCUGAUACUGGCAUCUCCAUGGGCAUCUCAGCAACAAUGCCAGUGUGAAACCUGCACCUUCACACAGAGAUCCAGAGAGUUCACAUGGACAUAAACAACAUGCUGGACUUUUACAGACACUAUAAGUUUUAUCAUUUCUUCUCCAUCUGCUUUGGCCUGGGCUGUGGAAUGUGUAGCUACAGACCCUUCUACCCCCUGGUGAUGCCGAUCCUCCUCACUGUGUUCUGCAUGGUUGUGUUCGAGGCUAUGGGCUGCUGCUUUGGUUUGCCUCCACACACUAAACGGUGCAAAGGUCCACCUUUCCACUGGAGAGAUGCAUUGUGGGGCUUAGUUUUUGCUCUGUUUGUGGCGGUUCUACAUCUCCAUUCUUACCACGUCUACACCCUGUCUUAUGGCAGUGGCAUCACAAUGUUCGCUCUCCGAGGAGCCAAAAGAAAGUACAGUGCUCUGUGGAAAGAAAACACUCCCUUUACUGAAACAACUGGAAAUGAAGGCCACGCCUACUUCACUAGAACAACUGGGGCCAGAGGCCACACCUACUUCUCUGAAACAACUGGCAACAGAGGGCAAACUUACUUUACUAGAGCAAAUGUAAACAGGGGCCAUACCUACUUUACUGGGCCAACUGGAACUGGAGGCCACGCCUCCUUCACUGGAACAACUUGGAACAGAGGCCACACCUCCUUCAAUGAAACAUCUGGGAAUGGAGGCUACACCUCCUUCACUGGAACAUCUGGAAAUGGAGGCUACUCCUCCUUCACUGGAACAGCUGAAACUAGAGGCCACACCUACUUCACUAGGAGUCAGGGGAGUAGAGGCCACGCCUCCUCUACAGGAACUGACUGAGCCAGUGGGGUGGAUUUAUUUCAUCUCUAUAAAAUAUAUUUGCAGUAAAGUAUUAAACAUUAUGCACUUUAAUGUAAUAAUAUUGAUAUAAAAUGAUGUGAAGUUGAUUACGGUGAUGAUGAUGAUGGUGGUGGUGGAUUGAAUUCAUUAAUUUCUUUCUCAAAAUUCUACAAACAGAACCCCAUAAUAACAGUGUGAAAUCUUUGCAAAUUAUUUAAAAAUAAAACCCAUAUAAAAUCACAUGUACAUACUGUAAGUAUUCACAGGUUUUGCUCAAUACUUUGUUGAAGCUCCUUCUGCAAGAACAUUAUGGAAUGUUCUCUGAGGGAGAGUUGAGUACAUAACUGUUUGUAUUAAUUGCAGUCCUGAAGCCAUCUUCAUGGAUUCUCAAUGAUUACUAUUCACAGAGAUGCCAUGGAUCUUUAGGCUGUCCAUGUGGUGAUGUGUUCAGCAGCAGCAGUGAGUGAACAGAACUUUAACCAGGUGGAGGCCAUCUGCAUGGACCAGGCAGGUCAGAGAGCAAGGGAUAGGAAUAUACUGGGAUCUCAGACAGAGAGAGAGAGCGAGAGAGAGAGAGAGAGAGAUUAUUAGGUAAUAACAGCAAUGACAGUAAUGAAGUUGGUAGUGAUGAUAAUGAUGAUAAAACUGAAAUACUGAGUGUGUGUGUGUGUGUGUGUGUGUGUACACCCGGACAGAGUGGCUACACAAUAUGUAUAGUCAUGGUGUAAUAUGAGUCUGUAGUUCAAAAUGUACAAAACUGAUGGAAAUGUCUUUGCUGCCCCCUGGUGGAAGAAGGGAGAGAUUACAGGACAAGAUUGUAGCUCGAGCAUGCGCAAAAGAGGGAACAGGUUAAAAGUGUGUGUGUGUGUGUGUGUGUGUGUGUGUGUGUGUGUGUGUGUGUGUGUGUGUGUGUGUGUGUGUGUGAGAGGGUACAAUAUCCCCAUUAUGAUUGUAAUGAAUGAAUCAGUUUCACAAAGCAGGACUGAAAAGAAUGAGGAAGUGUUUGUGCCCUACAGCCUGAAAUCUGCCCUAAUUACCCCAAACUAGUGUCACUCAGAAGAGGAUGAAUAGAGAUUCCCAGUGUCUGUUGUUAUAAAAGUGAUCUGCACUAGAAUGGAAUGUUCUCUGAUAUUAUGCCUUUGAUGCCCCAUUAACGUGGUUCUCUGGGAUGCCUGGAUUGCAUCAGUGCCCUGCUGUGCCCCUGGUAUACCAGCAGUGUGUGUGUGUGUGUGUGUGUGUGUGUGUGAGAGAGAGAGAGAGAGAGAGAGAAGAGCUCAAGGCUGCCACAUGGAUGUUUUUCACAAUUACACUUAUUUGUUGGUAUGAUCCGGAGCGAUCCAAUAAUCUGUGCUGCAGAGGGGUGGAGAUGGUGGAGG